AUGACUACGGAAUUAUAUAAUGAUGGGGCAUAUAAAAAUGCUCCUACAUAUGAGGAGAGCUCUUUGUUACAACAGACAUGGUUGAUUAAAGAAAUCAUAAAGCCUGAGCUACCUAACGUUAUGGACCAUGUUGAGAAAUGCAUAAACCAACUAUCUAGUCCUGAGAAAUUUCGAAUGCCUCUUACCAAUGGGAAUAGUGUCUCCGUUAACACAUCAGGUGCCGCGCCAGACAGCACAUCGAUUAAAGGGACAAUCACUAGACAGGCCGGAUUUAUAGUGGAUUUUCAGGCUAUCAUUAAGCUUCCAGACUUUAGCAGGGGUAAACCAAUAGUUCUAAAGAUGGACCUUGAUAAACAAUUUCCCUUAGUUCAAAUAAAUGCCAUAAUUACAAAUUUAUCAUCCGUAUUGUCCUUAUUUGACGAAUUACAGCAACUUUCCGAAUUACACGAUAUGAAACUUGAUGAUAUUCAUACUUUUCACAAUAAAAUUGGGAAAAUAUUGGAGUUACUUACACAAUCUAUUACAUUAUUACAAAAUCCUCCACGAGAAUUGGUCUUUCCGCAUAAUAACAACAGCUUCUUAAACGACAACUUCUCUGAAUCUCAUGACAUUUGUGAAUCAGCACAUCAUUUGGUCAAUAUGGAAUUAGUGCUAUUCAAAAACGAGAUUUGCUUGGACAUUAGGAAUUUGACAAAAGUCAUUAAAAAACCCUGGAGUGAGAUCGAUUCGAAAACUGGGUUAUCAUUCAGUGAUAAAGUCAGAGACAGGCUGAAGCAAGACAGAAAUGGAAAAAUCGCAGAGAUCCUUAAGGAAGAAGGCUUGCAAGUUGAACAAACAUCUAUGAUAAACAAUUUGAUAUCCAGUUUUUCAGCAACUGAAAGAAUCACUCUUCCGCAAGCAAGCGAUCUAUUGGCUAGGUGUGUGACAUUUAACGGGCGAGUUGUCACUGAAUGCGAGAAAGUUUCAAUUACCACCAGCGAUCCUACAUUGAUUAGUGUCAGUGCAAAGUUGAACGGGCUUGAAAACAAAAUCAGCAAUCACUUUGUAAAUAUUCAAAAUUUAAGUUAA